GUGGGCGAUGUGACACCAUGUCUAGACGGAGAUGGAUCAGCACUAAAGAGGGAAGAGAAGCAUUACUGUUACGGAAGUGGCAGUAUGGAUGGUUGUGUGAUAUUCUGCUCGGCCUCGGGCGCGUCAUCAUGUUGUUAAAUUCCCAGCUUUACAGAAAUAGCUCUUCUGUUGCCCCUGUGAUCCUGAAUUAUUUAUUUCGAAGAGUCGUUCCGUUCUGACAUUUGCUCACAUCGUCCCCGGGUAAGCAUGGGCAGGAGCAUGAAUCCCUCACCAGAACCCGGAAAGGUCAAGUGAUAUUGAUCUCACUAUACAAACGCGCUCUAUAUUGUCAGAAUGAAACCUCCAAAGUUGGGAUCAGGUAGAACAUUUUGCGGCCAGUCCGGGACUCAUUAUCAGAUUCGGCUCUCGUGGUGCCUUUUACAAGCUGAAAUGGGGAAAUUAUCAUGGAAUUUAGCAGAUCUGAUAAAACAGACUUCCCAUACGGUGAUGAAUGGACAGAGGCUGUGAGUUCAACCGUAUGUUGGCGGUCAAUCGGCGGUGCGUAAAACGCGCGCUCAGGGGUGUGGACUUCUUUGGAGACGCGGGACCGGAGAGCACAACAGCACGACUCCACACAUCCACAGGUUGCUGCGCGGCUCUCUGCUCCUCUCUGAGCAUCUUGGCAGCCCAGACCUUCAGAGUGCAGCUGGUGGAGAUGAACUGAGGAGUCUUUUAGAGGACGCGUUUGGCUGAACGGUGUGGAAGCUCAUGACCAAAAUGCCAAAUCAACAGCCAUGGGCAACUCGAUUAUAACCUCCCUGAAAAACAAUUUAAUUGUAUUGCGCAAGACUUUUCUGUCAUAAAAAACCCCCCCAAAACAUCUUGUCAACGUUUCUUCAGAGGACUGUGCGUUUUAUUCGAGACCACCAUGCCACAGGUCCAAGACUGCAGCUGCACCACGGUGACAACAGCAACAUAAUGGCAUGUAGGAGCGGUUGCUGCUGCGGCUCCGGUCCAAUAAACGAGGAUAACGCGAGGUUCCUGCUGCUGGCGUUGUUCAUCAUAAUCUAUCUCCUUUGUGGGGCCGCUGUCUUCUCAGCGCUGGAGCAGCCAAAGGAGCGAGAGGCGAAGGAGCGCUGGGCGCAGAGGUUCGAGCAUUUCAGCCAGAAGUAUAACCUGAGUAAGAAGGACCUGAAUAACUUCCUCAGGAACUACGAGGAGGCGAACGUAGCGGGUAUCCGUGUGGACACAAUCAGACCUCGAUGGGACUUCACGGGCGCUUUUUACUUCGUGGGAACUGUGGUAUCAACCAUUGGGUUUGGGAUGACCACUCCUGCCACCAUUGGAGGAAAAGUCUUCCUGAUGUUCUACGGCCUGCUCGGCUGCGCAGCCACCAUCCUCUUCUUCAACCUCUUCCUGGAGCGUGUCAUCACCAUCAUCGCCGUCGUCCUUAAGUCCUGUCACGAGCGACGCCAUAACAAAGCUGUGCUCCCACAAAAUGGCCAGCGAGUCUCUGAGGGAAACAAAGCAGGUGGUGCUGGGGGAAGUGGAGGAGGAAAAGGACAGGAUCUGGCUGGCUGGAAGCCUUCGGUCUACUGUGUCAUGCUCAUUCUAGGAGCGGCAGCCAUCUUGGUGUCCUGCUGUGCCUCACUCAUGUACUCGGCAGCCGAGGGCUGGGGCUACCUGGACUCGCUCUACUUCUGCUUUGUGGCCUUCAGCACUAUCGGUUUUGGAGACAUGGUGAGCAGCCAGCGGGUCAUCUACGAGGGCCACGCCACGGCCGCAUAUCGGCUGGGCAACUUCUUCUUCAUCCUGACUGGCGUCUGCUGCAUCUACUCCCUCUUCAACGUCAUCUCCAUCGUCAUCAAGCAGGUCCUCAACUGGCUGCUGAGGAGGCUGGAGGCCCCCUGCCGCUGCUGUUUCCCCAGGAGGGCUCACCACCCGCACAGGCACCCCCGACGGAACGUUGUGGCCCCGGGUCACCUGCGUGCCCGCAGAGACCCCUCCAUCGAGACAGACGCCAUCAACGAGAGCGAGACUGACACUGGGCGCAGGAUGUCCGGGGAGAUGAUCUCCAUGAGGGACUUUCUAGCAGCCAACAAGGUGAAUCUGGCUAUUAUGCAGAAGCAGCUUUCAGAGAUGGCCAUCGGGCACCCGCGCCAGUCCAGCUCCAGUUCACGUCAGAACGGAUUCUCGGGAGGGGUGGGCGCCCUUGGCAUCAUGAACAACCGGCUGGCAGAGACUAGUGUGGACAGAUAGGGGAAACAGCGUGAAUCCUUUUGAAAGGAUACAAAAGGCUGAGAGGGUGAGACGAGUGAGGACAAAUUGACACUGAGGACUGCCUUUCUGAAAAAAAAAAGAUUUGGGUGGUGUACAAGACUGAAUUUAUGACUACGUAAUACAUCUUUUCCAUCCGCAAGCAAGCUGACCCCCAGCAGCUACAGCUUAGAAUCGAAACCCUCUCAGCCCACUAUCCUGUCAAGAACAUGGCUACAUGAAUGAUGCAUAAUAGUUUGCUGAAGUCUCACAUCUGGACCAAGCUCAGCGUGCCGGAAUGUUCCCCCGUGAGGAAUUCCGUUUCCAUGGUGAUAAAAAAGACUGCCUAGAGCCCUUGUAUCCAAGCCUUAAAUGCCUGAUGCACUACAUGCUACUUAACCCCUAACUGCAAUUUCCACUCAUCUGCAGUACUUUACAAUUCUCACUAUGACUCUACCCACAUCCAUAUUGUAUCUGUCACUGUAAAGGACAUUAAUGAGAAAAAAUAGCUAUAAUAAAAUGGGUGUUUCUUGGUUUAAGUCUAACAGUAGUAGUAGUAAUACUGGGUGUCAUGUAGAAAAUUAAGCGAGAGGCCGAAUUCAUGGAUAAUUGAAUGUUUACCUUCUAUGCAGAAUACUUAAUUUUACAAUUAGACUAUCAAUGACACUCUCAUUCACAGCCAUAUUAUAUGCCAUUCAAUAGCCUUUAUCUUUGACACUGCUUUCAUUCAUUACCACGACAAAUAGAAGACAAAACCUCCCAAAAGACCUUGUUACAAACAGACCUAUCUCUAGCUGAAUGGAUGGUGUUGUGAGUCUGAGAUGAAACCUAUUAUGUGAGACUGCUGUUUACUUUGGGGCUUGCUGCACAUUGUCCAAGCAUAGAUGCAGACAUGAGGACAUUUUCACACCCUGAUGUUGUCCAGGCCUGUAGGUGGUUGGUAUUGUUGUAGUAAAACAAGUCGAUCCAGGGCUCGGUAUUUUAUUUUAGCUCAGCAGGUUUAUGUUUUUCCUGUCGGGAAUCACAGCAAGUGCAGUACACAAAAAUGACAAAAGACAGAAAGAUGAGAUUUUUCGUAAACCGAUUAACUCAGGUGAAAACUGCAAGCAGCCAAGAGGGAGAACGACUUGUGGACACUAUAUGAUGCUUGAUUUAGGGGGAUGGUAUAGGCAUCUUCAUUCUCUUUGUAAGUGCAUCUGAGAGAAAAUUACAGGGUGAAAAUCCUCCAGGCUCCACUUCUGAUGUCACCAGCUGAGCUUCGGUAAAUCUGACUUAAUAAGUGUGUCUGUUUUCCACAGAACAAGAACAGAGAAACAACCAUAUUUAAUAAAAUGACAACCUGGCAAACCUGCAAA